AUGAGCUCCGAAGCCCGGCUCUACACCUUCUCGCAGGAGACCAAAGACCAUCUGCGCAAGUUCCGCCUAGGCACCUCGCGAGCCAGCGGUCCGCAAGCCGUCAUCUACAUGAUCGAUAAGAAGACGCACGAGAUCAAGCAAGACGAAGACAAGGUCGUCUACAAGUCCCUCGACGAGAUCGCCGACGAUCUGCCCGACAACUCGCCGCGCUACAUCCUGCUGAGCCACCCGCUGACUAUGCCCGACGGUCGCCUGUCCGUACCCUACGUCCUCCUAUACUACCUGCCCAGCACGUGUAAUGCCGAGAGCCGGAUGAUGUACGCGGGCGCGAAGGAGCUCAUGCGGAAUGCGAGUGAGGUCGGCAGGGUAAUCGACAUAGAGAGUGCCGAAGACCUUGAGGAUAUCUCAAAGAAGCUGAGCGCAGAAUAA